AUGUACAUUGUAGGCCAUACCACAAAUAUUUUGUUCCCAGCUCUCUUUUUUGCUGUUACUCUAAAACUGUUUAAUGAACAGUUAGAUGGUUUAGAAACCACCAUUCUUUUCAUAAGUUUCCAUGAAGCUGUAGGGGAGACCAUAGCGUUAUCAGUUUCAUCUCCUCGCCACCUCCAAACCCUGGGUUUGAUUCAGCGCUCAGUUGAUGAUACAGCUCAUGACAUCAACUAUCUGUUCACUCAGGCUAUGGAUAAGCUAGCAUUUCUGCCAUUUGCCUUAGUCAUGGAUAAAUGGCGAUGGGAUGUCUUCAAUGGAGAUAUUAGGAAGGAGCAGUACAAUUGUCAUUGGUGGAGACUUAGGGAGCAGUAUGAAGGUAUCAAACCUCCAGUGCUGAGAUCCGAGCUGGACUUCGAUCCUGGUUCCAAGUACCACAUUCCUGCCAACAUACCCUACAUAAGGUUAGUUAAU